GCUGGGGGUCGCUGGGUUUUCUUAACUCACCGCUGGAUGAGGUUUGCGUGGUAAGGGAGGAAACUCCGAACCAGGGUUGACCUCUGACCUUCCUCCAGGAAGUACUGCCCACGCUGGCUUUCUUGCCAAGGAUACUAGGGAAUUAUUUCAUAAAGAAAUCUGGUGAGUCAACUGCACAGUGAUGAUUGUACAACGAGUGGUAUUAAAUUCCCGACCUGGAAAAAAUGGUAAUCCAGUGGCAGAGAAUUUCAGAGUGGAAGAAGUCAGUAUACCAGAUGAUAUUAAUGAAGGACAAGUACAAGUUAGAACUCUUUAUCUUUCUGUGGAUCCUUACAUGCGUUGUAAGAUGAAUGAAGACACUGGAAGUGAUUAUAUAGCACCUUGGCAGCUGUCUCAGGUGGUUGAUGGUGGAGGUAUUGGAAUUAUAGAAGCAAGCAAGCACACAAAUUUGAAUAAAGGCGAUUUUGUGACUUCUUUCUAUUGGCCCUGGCAAACCAAGGCUAUUCUGGAUGGAAAUAGCCUUGAAAAGGUAGACCCACAGCUUGUGGAUGGACACCUUUCAUAUUUUCUUGGAGCUAUAGGUAUGCCUGGUUUGACUUCCUUAAUUGGAGUACAGGAAAAAGGUCAUAUAACUGCUAGAUCUAAUCAGACAAUGGUUGUCAGUGGAGCAGCAGGUGCUUGUGGAUCCUUGGCUGGGCAGAUUGGCCAUUUGCUGGGCUGUUCCAGAGUGGUGGGAAUUUGUGGAACACAAGAGAAAUGCCUCCUUUUGACCUCAGAACUGGGCUUUGAUGCUGCAAUUAAUUAUAAAAAAGGGAAUGUGGCAGAACAACUCCGAGAAUCAUGCCCAGAUGGAGUGGAUGUUUACUUUGACAAUGUUGGCGGUGACAUCAGCGAUACAGUGAUAAGUCAGAUGAAUCAGAACAGCCACAUCGUCCUGUGUGGUCAGAUUUCUCAGUACAAUAAGGAUGUGCCCUAUCCUCCUCCACUGCCCCCUCCUAUAGAGGCAAUUCGGAAGGAAAGAAACAUUACAAGGGAAAGAUUUCUGGUGUUAAAUUAUAAGGAUAAAUUUGAGCCUGGCAUUCUACAACUGAGUCAGUGGUUUAAAGAAGGAAAGCUAAAGAUCAAAGAGACGGUGAUAAAUGGAUUGGAAAACAUGGGAGCUGCAUUCCAGUCCAUGAUGACAGGAGGCAACAUUGGAAAACAGAUAGUUUGUAUUUCAAAAGAUAUUUCUCUCUAACUGUCAUCAUCAAGAAGAAUCACACAUAUUUCUUUCCAUCUUGCACAAAGAUUUUUAAGAUAAAUUUUAAAAAAACAGCAGAGAUCUUAAUUUAAAUGUGAUCAGAGUUGAUAUUUUCUUACAUAACUUAAUUCUUUUCUAUACCUUAAAUAUCAUAUGUGCACUCUGCAUCUAACAUUACUAACAAUAAUACUGAAAUAAAAAUGAUCUAUUUUUCUUUUUUGUUAAAACAUGACAUAAUUGUAUCAGAUAUUCUGAAACCACGGAAAAUUUGAUGCAACUAUUAAUGAAUCAUAUUAUAAAUUUUUAAAAUUAAUAACUAAUUUCAAAUAGAAUAAGUAUUUGAAGUGAGAGGCAUGUAGUAAACAUUUGUUGAACUGGAAAAAAGUUACAUGAUUCUUAAACUGAAAUUGGAAUAAGAACAGAAUUGGAAUGGCCUUUCCAUAUUGUAGAUGGAAAUAGUACUUAACGGUAUGAUAUGUAUAUAAGGACUGGAGGGUAGGGUUGGUGGGGUGGGAUUCAGAGCAUGUGGAACAGUUUUUGGGAAAGAAGAACAAGAGGUUUUGAGUUGGGAGUAAUAAAUAGCUGGUCAGUUGGCUUGAGAGACCAAAAGAUCAGAUCGAAUCCAAAGGAUGAUCUAUUAAUGUUUUGCCAAAUAAUUUACUGUACAGCCUAAAAAUAUAUAUAAUAUAUAUAGAUAGAUAGAUGAAAGCAUAUGUUAAUCUUAGUUUAGUGGGCACACACUGUCAAAUAGUUGUAAAGGUUAGAGAGCAAGUAGAUAUAAACUUACUGGGAAUUUCAGAUAACUAAACAAGGUCUGUGGGUAUAACUCAGUGGCACAAGUCUGCUUAGCAUAUGAGAUCAGUCCCCAGCACCAGAACACCUAAAACAAACCAAAAUCAAAACAAAGACAGCUUCAGAAACGUCAAGACUGACUGGGAAAAUUAACCAAUGGUUGUAAUCCUGAAUGUUCAAAACCUGUUGAUGUACCCCUGAAUUUUGUUUUAUUAAUUGGAACCAACCCUUUGAAACAAUAAAAUUGAAGAUGUUUUUCUGA